GCGCCGCUGGGGGCCGCCCCCUCUGUCGUCGCGGAGGAGGGAGGCGAGAAAACAAAAACAAUCGGUCCGGGGCCGCCAUCUUGGCUGGGAAUGUGCGGCUGAAUGGGAAGCGAUGAGAUUCCCUGGGAAGAGGAGGACGGAGAGGAGGACGACGCGGACGCUCGCACCCAGCGCACAGCGGCUCGGCCGUACAGAGCACAGCGGGCCGGCUUCGGAGAGCGCAGCAGGCUCGCGGCAGGCACCGAGUGACCGCGCCCGCCCGCUCCCAGCAGCAGCAGGCGGAGACCGGAGCCCCCUCACCGGACAGCAGUAACGGGCAGAGUCCCAGCCGCCGCCAGGCCCCGCGUUACCCAUGACCCCCCGGGGCAGGAGGGGCCCCAGCUGGAGCCGGGCCCUGCGGUAACCCCCCCACCACCACUGCACACCUACCUGACCGACCUACCUGUCUGACCGACCUGCCUGGCUGCCUGAGCCGGUCACUGCGGGGGGCUGGCACCCCGAGAUUGCCAUUGGCCCGAGCUGCCCCCACACGGUGCUUAUGGUGGGCUCUGAGUGACAGGGGUGGUGGGGGGCGGCAUGGGGGGGGUAUUAAAGUACUCAGUGCUAAUCCACGUGCUUUAAAAUAACUCCCACUGACUCAGGGGGCAUCUCCCCUCCAGCACACUCAGCGUGGACUUUGUAGUGUGUGUGUUUGUGUAUAUAUAUAAUAUAAUAUACUCUAUAUACUCCCCCACCCCCUGUAUACAGCAUUAUUUGGACUGGCUUCAUUGAGGAAGGGGGAGAAUUAAAGAAAGAAGGAAAAAAAAUAUUUAAAAGGCUGUUGGAUCUGAAGGCUGCACCCCUGUCUCUCUCUCCUGGAUUGUCUCCUUGGCUGUAAAAAAACAAAAAUAAAUAAACUUAAAAAAUGGGAACUGCUACUAAGCUGGCUUUUGCAGUCUUCCUUAUCUCCUGUUCUUCAGGUAAGAAUGUAAGAAAUGCUUGCACAUGCUGACACUUUUGGUAGAGUGCCAAAAAAAUGGAAAAAAAAAUCAGAUAUAAAAAGAUAUAUUAUUGACUGCAAGAACAUACAUGCUGGGGAAUAUAUUUUUUUGGUAUGGUUUUUGUUUUUCCUUGCCAUUUCUUUUUUUAAAAGAUGUUUUUAUAUGAUGGUUGUAACUUAUUCUGUUUUUUUUUAUUUUUUCUAACCACUAGUGUAACAUGCUAAUUUUUUUGGGUUCCGAAAUCUAGUGGCAACACAGGUUUGUAUGCACUAAACACAGAAUUGUAGGGAAGCUAACUUUAAAAUGUUCUGGUAAAAUAGCCACGCUUGGGAAGUAGUCUAGUGGGAGAUUAUUUUUCUUUCCCCAAAAUAACAGAAUUGAGCAAUUUGAUCUACAAUUGAGUGUUCAGUGAAUACAUCCCAUAGUGUUCUUAAACAAAUCAUGAAUUGUGAAGUGACAAGGAUUUAGACUAAAAUAACUCAGUUUGAAGAUUUUUCGAUUUCACGUAGUUUUGUGAUAACAUUUGCAAUUCCCAGUUUAAUGCUUGCCAACGCCAACAGUAUGAAAAGUAAUGGAGAUGACAACUGUCUGUCUUUUCGAAGCGUUAUUUGAAAAUAGCAGAAUGUUUAUUCAGUAAGUUCUUAUUUUUAGCAAAUUGAAACUUGAAUGAAAAAUUCAGGCAAAAAGAAUUUAUAGUCACAGCUUGGGGAUUCAUGUCUGAGUUUUGCCAUUCCGAUUUAAUUUGAAAUUUAUUGAUUAUACUCCAUGGUAAUGGUUUGCUUGUUGGAUGCAAGAUAAAUUAAAUCAUAGGUUUUUACCAGUAACCCAGAUGUGCUCUAAUCUAGUAUGGCAAUUCUGGAAUGGACAUUAACUAAUUGGCUGCUGUUGCAAAUCACAUGGCCAGAUAAUACCUUUAUGUGCUUGCCAGAAAUAAGUCAUGGCCUGUUUUUUUUUUUUAGGUCUAUAAUUUAGUACACAUUAAAUAUUUUGCAAGUGUUUAAGUAAUAUGCGCAUACAGUACAGCUAGCUGGUGAAUGCUUGAAAUAUUCAACAUAUAUGCACGCUAUAAACAGCUGUACGGAUUUAUCGUAUACAUGUUCUUUAUAUUUAGUAUCUUGUUCUAAGUAGUUCUAGCAGGUGGCUGGAUAUAGGCACAUAUAUACUACAAAAUCUUUUGAUGACAAGUUUAUUGCUUUUGUUUUUCGCAAAAGUGAUUUGUGUAUGAGUGUAUACAACAGGCUUUCAUGUUGGCAAAGCAUCAUUGGACUUGUAGUUCUAUUACAGCUAGAGGCUAUCUGUUGGCUACAUCUGUUGUAUUCUUUAAAUAUCACUUCAGUUUGCAUGAAUCUUUGGGUUUCAACCUUGGUUGAUCCUGUGAUAUAAGUGUCAACAACCUAAAUUUGAGCAUUAUCUGCUUGCCAAGAUGACCCAGCUAUUUUAACCCGAUGUGCAAUGAUUGCUCUUAAUUUGUAAAGUUUAUUUAUUUGGGUGCUGGCAUUCACUCUCGGUCACCUGUAUUCCCUCUCUGUUAUCCUGAUUAGUUUCCUAAGCUGUCUUAAUGUAUUUGCUCCUAUGUUGAGUUCCUUCUUAUCAACAUGGCUGGACAGCAAGCUGCAUUGAUUUAAUUCCCCUCCUCCAUCUCAUUGUGUUCUUUCAGCCUGUCAGACUUCUAAGCCAACUAACAAAUGGUGUGUUGAGAUCUGGAAAAGCUGUCUAGUUGUGUGUCUGAAAGGCAGAGUUGUUUGUGAACAGAAGAAGUCUGAAUGCUCAAUGUCUGAUUUAUCUGUCCCUUGCAGUCAGUGGAGGUGUUCUGCUUCACUGGUGCAAUGUGACUAUGCUGUGGAUAGGGGCACUCACCAAUCCUUUCAGAUUUGAUUUCACUCUUGAGUUACUCAUGGGUUGGUCUGGUAUUGUGCACUAAAGACAGACGUUCAGCUGUAUUCACAAAGCUUUCAAAUCUUAAAGGCCUCUGCUGAAUGGAUCAGUUUCCUUGUGGUUAUUAAAAAAAGAGAGAGAGUGAGUCCCGUGUCUGUAUAGGUAUUGAUUUUUUGUGGAUAGUUAAUGCUGUGAAAUUGCAAUAUCUGCCAAAGAUAAACUAGAUCAAGGCUGAACCAUUUUUCAAUCGUAAAGCAAAAAUUACAUUUUGAUGCAGGUUUUUUUGUUUUUUUUUUAAGACCUUAAUUAAACCUGCAUUGAAGAGUUGCACGUAUACCCACUGUGUGUUCAAAUGCAGUUUAGGCUUGAAAAACUUUUAGAUGUGAUAUUUUGUUGCAUAAGCUACUUUUACAGGAUGUUGUGUUCUGUUCUAUUAGAGGAAUUGAGUAACAUGCAUAAACUUAUGUUUUGUUUUUGUAACUCCCCCCCAGCCUUGUUCUUGUCAACUAUACAAAAUAGUACAUUUCAUCAUUAGUUAGCAUAAAUAAUUUGUGAAAAAGAGCAACCAAGGUUUUGUCUCUCCCCCCGCCCCCAGUUCUCAUUUCCGUGUGCAUCUUACUACUUUUACUACCCCAUUUAUCUUUAUUUUAUACUACCUUCCUUGAGUUGGAUGGCAAUAAUUAGGUACCACCAUUUUGUUCCCCUCUAUGAUGCCCUUCUGUGGGAUUCUUUGAUGAAUUGUGGGUAAAUUUACCUUGUCAACUGAAAAGGAAUCUUGCUUAAGCGUUGCCCAUUUCCAAAUGUCAUGCUCUACAUGAGAAAAAGUAGUCCCUGGUUUUAUCCUAAUUUAUAAAGAGAAAAUUACCGUUAUUGGGUGGGGGGGGGAAAACAAGCAAAUAGUAAUAAUACUAACCUUGGCACAAGCAAAUUGCUGAGCAUCGUGUGAAGUGUAGGCUACACACAUCUGCAAUGCCAAGGCUAGCCAUGUGUUUAUGUACGAAGACACGCUAAAUGUGUAUUGUAUAAAUAUUUAACUUUUACUCUGUUUAAAUACACAAAUUGAUCAAAAGUUUCUGUAUAGGCGGUUUUAUUGCUGCUGUUUCCUGGUUGUCGCCCAUUGGUGCUUUUGUAAUACAAACAGUCCAGGAAUUGCAGUCUUUCUUCUAUUCACUUGUUCUUAGCAGCCCUGCCAAUCAUAGGAAGGCAUUGUUGUUAAAAUCAGGCCAAAGUUGGUCAAAAAUGACACCCCCACACCCCACCUUUAAAAAAAUUUUUUGAUGUCUGUGUGGUCCAGCAGUUUUCUAUUUUUCAGUUACAUUAAGUGGUGUGUACAUGGGAGGAGGGAAUGGGAAUGUGUGUGUGCAUGCAUGCAAUUAGUUUUGUCUUGUGUUCUAUUUUUAUAACACUGUGGAAAAUUAAACAUUUGUUUUGUUUGUGAAUGUUAAUUUCAUAGAAACCUGCACUUUCGAUAUUUAUAUUAGAUUUUUUUUUCACUUUAUCAUCUCAGGAUUGUUGGCCUUCUUUGCUGAAAAUUAUAUUCUAAUCGCAUCAAAAUAAGUUUCAAAUAACUGUUUUGUAUUUUAUUACUAGUCAUUGUGACUUGUUUUAAGAAGAUUGUGAAAAUAAAUUAGUCACAUUGCUUACUAUUGAUUAGUUUCAGAUAACAAAAUGCAUUGCACCUAAUGUGUAUCAUAUACUAGCCAAAUUGAUGGCAAAUAUAAAUUCAGUGAAUGUUGUCUACAAUGUGCAAAGUUAUUGAUCUGUCAUAAACCUAAGAGAGCUAAAUCACAAAAGUAAUAGUUACAAAGGUGGCACAUUUCCAAGGUUCCACAAGUUGUAUACAGAAUCCCAUAAUGCCUAGCACAGGCACUUGAUCAGUAUACGGAACGUGCUUGCAGACUUCAACUAAGUGUAGUGUUUUUACCUAAACCAUAGUUGUAUUGAGUUCUGUUUUAUAAUUUGCCAAAAAACGAUCUUCUAAAUGACAACAGUGUGUUCAGUUGCAAAAAAGACUAUUAAUGACAAUUUGUAACAUGUUUUGCAUAAUGUAGGGUGGCUGUUUUCAGCUUUGGAAAACUUAUAUCUCCAGUUAAUUUUUCCUGUUUAGUAUUUUUUAUCUUGUCAAGAUACACAACCACACUGCUAAAUCCCACAGAACUUUCAGUAUGCUCAUACAUAUUUAUCUAGGUCUUUUAUAGUCUUGUUUAAAACUAAUUAGUAUCUGAUUCACAAUCAAUAUUUCCAAUUGCAAGACAUUAUAUGAAAACAUAAAAGCUGAUAUCCUACUUUUUUUUUUUUUUUUUUUAAACUUUUCUUAGUGAUGGUUGGAAAUAUGUUAUUUUCAUUUGAAAGAGAGGAAGGUUCUAUGUGAAAUAACUCCAAACAAAAUUAGCUCUAACUUUGUUGUUUUUUGGAGCCCUGGCUCCUGGGAGUUGUGAAAACGCUGUAUAAUAGAUCUAUAAUUCCAGCCUUUUUAAAAUGGUUAAGCAGUUUUUGGUCAAGGGUCAGAAAUUUCAUGGUAGUACUGACCUAAGCAAUUAUCUGUAUAGAAUUUAUGGCAAACCUCAUUGAUGUUGACUUUCUGAUGCAAUAGGCCUUGAUCACCGUCAGGAGUCAGGUUGUUGCUUGUUGCAUCUCAUAAAUAUUAGCAUACAUCUAAUCUUUCAGUUCAUGUAAAACUAUUUGGAUUCUUCUGAUAAAAAUCAAGCACCAACAUUCUAAAAUAUUUCGACCCCUGUGUUAUAAUCUUCCUGCUUAUUGCUCUUAUUGAAGUCUAGGAGCAGGUAUUCAUGAAAUGUAGUCUGAACAUGUACGUUAUUCUUACUAGAGUUGAAUGGGAAUUUACAGGUUUUAAUACAGUUAGCCAGGUAGCUUUAAAGAACACUAAGGGCUCCCAGAACACUCCAUCUCUUUGAAGUGGUCGGUUUGCAGUGUCGCUGUCCCUUUAACCUUGCAAUCUAAUACACUGCAGUUUCAGAGAAACUGCAAUGUUUAUAUUACAGGGUUAAGACUGCCCCUAGUGGUGCUUCCUGCUUUACAUGAGUACUUCCAGAGUACUCAAAAUCCCCACAGGAUAGUAUUGAUUCAAUGCUUUCCUGUUGGGAAGGCCUAAUGCCCAUUAGGUUCCUCCUCAACACUGAGUUUCAAGAAGGUGGAAAUGAAGUCCGUGCAAAGGGACUUCAGCGCUAGAAUAAGGUGAGUGAAAGAAAUGGUUACUUAACUCUUUCAGUGCCGGUGGGGCUGGAUGGGGGUGUUAGUGUUAGGAAUGCAGUUUUAUAUAACUAACACUAAUGUUCCUUUAAAAAGAAAGGUAAUUGGUAAUUACUGAAACUGUAAUGGGCAUAAUUUCACCUAUUUUAAAUGACAUAAAAUUCUUGCUUUUACUGUUGCUCUUAUGUGGUGUCACGUAUUCCGUUAGUUUGUGCCAAAAUAUUGAUCAAGUAAUUUAUGAAAGAUUUGUUAAAACAUUAUCAAAGCUUUCAACCUUGCAGGCAGUAGGUUUUUUUUUUUUGUGUUUUUUUUCUUGUAUUUUAAAAGUAGUUUUAGAUUAAAUUUAUAUUAGCAAUUAAAUGCUGCUGAUCUACAAGUUAAUAAAAUUGGAUUUCGAACAGGUUUAUACACCAAAAUAUGAAUUGUCAUGAUUUUAAAAUUUUAUGGCCAAAUUUCAGGACAGCAUUAAAGGCUGUUUAGCCUAAAAUGUGAAAUUAAUUUUGAACACCUUUUACACUUCUUGGAUGGUGUUUAUGGUAUUGAGCAAUGCAAUAUUUAGACAUUAAAUUGUGAAAAUGACAUGUGCACAUUAUGUACUUGUAUAUUAAAAAUGUAGUAAUUCUUCAUAACAAGGGUCUAGUAAUAACUGUACUCUUCUUAACAGCUCAUCACCAUUACAACUUUUAAUGCAGGUGCAUGGCUUAGUAUACAAAUUGUUCAUUUAGCCGGCUUUCUUAAUAAGCUUACAAGGAAAUUUGAUUCUCACUGUCCUUCUAAAUAAGCAUGCUUUCAAGGAAUGCUGGAAUACAUUGGGCAACUCUGGAUAGACUGGGGGGAAGGGACCCUCGCGUAUUUAUUUUGUGGGGGUAGUGUGGUUGAUAGUAGACAAAAUAAGAAAGCAAGCCUUCAAAUUUUACUUUCUGCACGUCAGAAGUCUGUGCAAGGAAACUCAAAUCAAAAACGUAAAUUAAAGGGACACUAUAGUCAUAGAACUACAGCUGAUUGUAUUUGUUCUGGUGAGUAUAAUCAUUCCUUUCAAGCUUUUUGCAUUAAACAGUCUUUUCAGAGAAAAUGCAGUGUUUACAUUACAGCCGAGGGAUAACUCUUCUGGCCCCUCCUCAUAUGGCUACUAGAGGUGCUUCCUGGGGCAGUGCAGCACUGCUAUUCAGUGUCUCCACCCUCUGCAUGGAGACACUGAACUUGACUUGUAGAGAUGCAUUAAUUCAAUGCAUCUCUGAUUAGAUGGUGUUUGUCUCUGCCCCUGAUAUGCCUCCUUGACAGUCUUAGCCAAUCCUAUAGGAAAGCAUUGUGACUGGCCCGGAACAACACUUCCAAUGGCGUCAGCCAAGCAAACAAACCAGGGACAGAGUCAGCAGCUGCAGACUUGAGCAAAAGUAAGAUUUUGCUAUAUUUAGGGGUGUAAGGGGCGGCCAGGGAAACUAGAUGGUGGUUUUAACACUUUAAGGAAUACAUGUUUAUGUCUCUGACCCUAUAGUGUUCCAUAGAUUGUAAGCUCUUCCUCACUCCUUUCUCUAAUUUUAAAGCACUUUGGAAUAUGUUGGCGCUAUAUAAAUACUGCUACUAGCUGUACUAGCUAGCCUAUGGACCACUAAUAUGUGAAAUAAUUUAGCUGUAAUGCUGUACCAGUGUUUAAUUAAACAUUCCCUUUGGUAAGGAAAUCCUUUACUGUUAGAGACUUUUACUGUUAGAGACUUUUGGUAGGAUGAGCAUAUACUAUAUCAUGCACAUUAUUUUAUGUUUCGUUAAAUUACAAACUUCACAUCUGUUCCUUACUUUAGCUUUAUAAAGUUGGAGAUGGCACACACCACUGAAGAGUCCAAUGCCACAGUCCAUGGCUGCCAAGCCCAGUGUCAAGUUAAAUACAGAUGGCCAGGCACCCAGGUUUUAUCUUCGUAUAAUUUUUGUCACAAGUAAUUUUUUUUUGAAUUCCAGAACAUGAGAUUUUCUCAAGGCUUGAAAAAGGUUCAUUGUAAGAUAAAACUUGACAUGUGUGACAAUAAAUUACUCCCAAGAUGAAACGAGUUGUGACAGGAAGGUGUUCACAAUGCAUAGUAUUCGGUCCAGCAUAGUGAUCGCACAUUCAGAAGUAUGAUGUCAUGCAAUGGGGCUCUGCUUGCCUACCCUUCCCUUCUGUGCCAAAUGAUGAAGUAGUGUGUGACCUAAAAUUUGCAAACCCCAACUCCGUUCUUGGUUUAGUGAAUAACCCUCCAAGGUUAAAAGCUGUUCUACAAAUUGUUUACCAAGCAGAGAAAGCAGUCUCCUGCAAUUUCCAAAAUUAAUGUUCCAAUGUAUACAUUAGGUAACAGUUGGCAAUUACUUUGCUCUUUUUGAUACUGAGGGAGUUAAAAUGCACGCAAGUGGCUAUACUGACUAGUGCGCAUGCUAUUCCAACUUUUAAUCUGUCCUUUUAGAAAUGCUUCUCAUUUAAAGCAUGUGUCAGUGACUCUGUUCAAUAUGCGGAUUAAAGCUUUUGAAAGGGAGAGAUUUGAUGUGUUCAUUUGCUAAUAUUGAGUAAUUUCUGUGUGUAAUUUAGUGGUUUUAGAAUUGCAACCAAAACUUCCACUUUCUUGAGUCUACUUCCCUAAGUACCAGCUCAGUGUGGUUUUUAGCUUUUGUUGCAUGGUUUGUUUUUGUUUUUAUAUUCUUAUUGUAUUCCUUUCACCAGUGGUCAUAAUUUUGGCUUUUGUGGUGUUUGUUUUCACACUUUCACUCUCUAGUUCAGUCUAACUUUUAUAACCCAAAGGAAAUGCUCAGAUUAGUAAUCACUAGGUUUAGAACUGUAGAUGUUUAACUGUUUCCUGUGAUGCUCACCUAAAGGCAGGAGAGGCAUCCUGGGGAAUGUAAUUCACCGCCUCGGCAAUGGCAUGGUUAGCCAUCACUGACCUAAUAAUUUUCUGUUUGUUUUCACACAAAGCUAGUUACUUGCAUAUUAUUUUUUGUUUCUGAGGUUCGGGGUUGUUUUUUUUGAAAAGUUAUAUUUUGCCAUUUGAUAUUUUUAUAUCAGUUUGACAGAUCUGGCCUGAUUAUCUGUAUGAAAAGCUUUGCAGGUUUGUUGUUGGAUUCAGUAGUACCAGGGGGCUGGAGAUGGCGAAUGUAACAUGAGAUCUUAAAAGCUUACAUUUAGCUGGAAACAAUUAAGUGCAGUCAAUUUUAAAAGCUUGUGCUGAAUAUGCAAAAAGCAACUGGCACAUUUUUUCUUUUCUUUUUUUUUUUUUUUUAUAUUCAAUCUAUUUUUUCUUCAUUAUAAAUAUCAAAAGUAGUUUUUUUUUCUUAAGCUAAGUAUUUUGUCAGAAUUUUUUUUUAAAUUGUGUGAUUGCGAAUAAAGUUUACUCUGAAAAUGCCCAAAGUCAUGUUAGUGGCAGUAGGAUUUCUGGAAAGACUCGUACACAAAACAUUAUUCUCAAAUUUGUACAGCUUUACUUGAACUUGAGUGGCCAUGUGUGCAGAAGCAUAUGUAAGUGCUCUGUAUGCAUUCUCCCCUAUGGUGAGGUGUAUAGUUAAACAUAAAUGGCACCCUUUUCAUCACGCUUACUGCAUAAAAACCUGUUUGACAGGAUUGGGCGCUGACAUCAACAUAAGGGGUUGUGCCUGAGCUUAUAUAGGUUGUUUUUCUCAGAAAUAUUUCUUGUAACCUAAAAUUAAUGGAAAUUGAUCAGAAUCUCAUGUGAUUCAUUUGAUAGUUAAAAGAAAAAAAUAAUUAAAAAAAAAAAUAAAACUCUUGACUGUACCUUUCAUUAUAUACUUUUGUACUAUUGAAGUUGAAGAGUAAUAAGGAUUCUCAGACUUGGUGCUUAAUAUGUAUUGGAGAUAGUCCAUCAAGGUUUAUUGAAAAAGAACACUUCUAGCACUAUAACCACUAGUUUCCAGCAGUUUAUCAACUGGGCUCCACUAGUUGCCUCAUCCUCUACAACCCAAAGUUCUCUGCACUGGGCUAGCAUGAUGGUGCAGGGAUUAGCUCAUUGGCUUGGAGAGAUAUUUGAUGCUACCAGCCAGUACGUCUGCCCUGCACUCCAGAACUUAGCUCAGUGGCGCUAAUGGGAUUUCCUUGCUGAGUUUUCAAGCUCCAGAGGAGAAGUUAACAGGUAGACUCCAGGUAAACGGUCAAACUGUUCACAUAUGGCUUGACAACUUACACUGAUGGGACACCAGAGCACCUCUGGUACCAGAACCACUACAGUGGGCUUUUCUUUAAAGCAACACUAUAGUCACCUAAAUUACUUUAGCUAAAUAAAGCAGUUUUAGUGUAUAGAUCAUUCCCCUGCAAUUUCACUGCUCAAUUCACUGUCAUUUGGGAGUUAAAUCACUGUUUCUGUUUAUGCAGCCCUAGCCACACCUCCCCUGGCUAUGAUUGACAGAGCCUGCAUGAAAAAAAAACUGGUUUCACUUUCAAACAGAUGUAAUUUACCUUAAAUAAUUGUAUCUCAAUCUCUAAAUUGAACUUUAAUCACAAACAGGAGGCUCUUGCAGUGUCUAGCAAGCUAUUAACAUAGCAGGGGAUAAGAAAAUCUUAAUUUAACAGAACUUGCAAUAAAGAAAGCCUAAAUAGGGAUCUCUUUACAGGAAGUGUUUAUGGAAGGCUGUGCAAGUCACAUGACUAGGGUUCAUAAACAAAGGGAUUUAACUCUUAAAUGGCAGAGGAUUGAGCAGUGAGGCUGCAGGGGCAUAUUCUAUACAUCAAAACCGCUUCAUUAAGCUAAAGUUGUUCAGGUGACUAUAGUGUCCCUUUAAACAUGGUCAUUUUGGACUUAUUUUUGCAAAUCCACUUGCUUGUGUGGGGGGGGGGGAGGGGUGAGGAGCGUUACCUGCUAAUAAAAAAAGGAUAAAUGCACAUCAGUAAAAUAGUAAUUUGUUUGGGAAUAUUUAUUAAAGAUGUGUAGGGUGUGCGGCAUCCUUUGUUUGCCAUUCUAUUACCUUUGCUGUAGAAGUUCUCUUAUAGUAGUAGCAUUAGUAACAAUGAUUAACUUGCCUGUUUCUCUAGAAAAAAUUUUUUAUUUAUUUUUUUGAAACUCUAUAAGUUUAAUUUUUAUUCUAAGAAAUUGUGGAAGAGUAAACCAGCACAAUAUGUUGGUUACUUUGCCUUUAGCGGAUAUUGUGAUCCCACCCUUUAAGGUUGAUGUGCUGAGUUUAUUAUGUUGCAAUGUAAUGUUUUCUGUUACUAGAAUUCCACCUCACCACACCAUUUAAGAAUUCCUCUGUAAUCUAGUACUGUCCUGAUAAUUGAGCUCCCAUAGUGCCCUUGUGUUGAGCUUCCUCUCGGUAGUUUGUGCUUACUCGCAUGAGAGUUGCAAAGCGGUCACCUAGGGAGCUUGUGACAGAUAUGAAGAAAUGAGUGACCUGUAAACAAUUUUUAGGAAGUGAAUGAUCAAUUUGUUUGUAACAUUGAAGAUAUUCAGUGGAUAGUAAUUACGUUUGUCUCUUACAGCGACCAUUAAAGGGACACUAUAGGCACCCACACAACUUCAACUUAUUGAAGUGGUCUCAGUGCAGUGUCCCUGUUCCUUGAACCUACAAUUUAAAAGAUUGGAGUUUCAGAGAAACUGCGAGGUUUUCAUUGCAAGGUGAAGCUUGCCUCUAGUGGCUGUCUACCAGGAAAAAAAGAACCCUAUCCCUAAAUUUAGUACAUGACCGGAUCCUUCAGCCAUAUACAUGCACCUUAGGUCAGGCAGGCGGUGUUUGGAAACGGUCUCUUUCCUGCUUCACUCCCUAGUCAGGGAAGACCUCAAGGCGCAUGUAUAUGGUUGUAGGAAUUCUGUUCAGUUUCUAGUAUUAAUUGUAUAUCCUUUAAUAUUGGUAUUUAUGACACCAAAAUACUCCACUGCACCCUUCUCAACACAUCUGCACUAGUCCCAAUAUAAACGUGACAGGUUCCAUCCCAGCCAUGCCCACAUGCUCCCAUACAUAAAGCCAUAUGAUCUCCCAUAUAUAUAUAUAUACACAACAGGUGGUCCUAACCACACUCUCACAUACAUGCUAAUGGACAGGUGGUAAUUUCUACAUACAUAAACACAUGCAAUUUGGACACAAGUAGUACAUUUACAUUGUCGUUUAGUGUCCACCGGGUUUGUCUAUAUGAAAAAUUCAGAGAUUAUAUCAUAAGAAAUAAAAGGUGGGUUUCCAUGAGGUACCUGUGUAUUUUUCGAAAUACCACAGGUAUUCAAGAGGUUUUUUUAAUCCUUCAUAGGAAAGUCUUUGUAUAUUAGUGUUUUUCAGAAGUAUUCUCAAGUAAGAUGCGACAGAUCUGCAACUUGGGAAAGUGUGUUGUAUUUGAAGAGACAACUGGCAGAUAUGCUUUGGGUUCAUGGAAGGGAAGCAGAACGGCUUUGAGUGCCAUUUCCUCAGUCACACCCACGUUCUAUGGGGGCGAUGUUGCUUGGAUAUAUUGUGUGAGAUUGAUUUAUUUAUUCCAGAUCUUGCUUUGCAGAUCUUAGACUGUUAAAAUCUGCCUUAUGGCAAAUCCUGUUAUGUUUUUUAAAAGUGUAUGAAUUUACUGAAUUUCUGACGCCUCCUGGGGUUCAAGCAUUUAGUAGCUUCUAUUUUCGCAUAGCCUAGGUCUGGAUUCCUAUAAAGCCUUCUCGUUUUUUGAAGGGAAUCUAUAGUCCCAAAAAUAACAAUCUUUUCCCCCAUCUCCAUUUAAAAAUGUAAAGUUGGAUAAAUAUUACUUCUUUUUCAGCACAGGACUAUGCAGCAUCAUGCUUCUCAUUCGAAGAUGUCUGCAUGCCUUCUGGUGUCUUUGUGAUCCGAUCCAAUCCAUUUCUUAUAUAGAAGCAAUAGAUUGGCUAUUAGCAUGUGCGGUAAAUUUUGUGCUCUUCUAAUCAAAUACUGCUAUCUGCAGCAUUUGAUUUCCAGAGUUUUACUUUCUCUGGCGGAUUAAGUGCCUUUUAUGGUUAUCAGGAAGACAUCCACUGCAGGUAAAUUUAACCCUGCAAUGUGUUUCACUGCAGGGUUAAAAUUACAAGACCACUGCACCAAAACCGCUUCUGUUUAAAGACAAAUUGAAAACGAUAGAAAUCUCAAUGUAUCUUUCCUGGUAAAAUAUUUUAUAAAUAAAUAAUCCGGUCUUGCUGCUUGCGUAAAAUUACUUUAUCUCUACAGCCCUAGUCACACCUCCCUUUACCGUUAAUCACCUAACCUCGCUUCACACUUCUAAGAUACAUAGAUCUGUUUGGGCGUUAUCAAAUAUUUAGCUCCGCUCCAGCAGUAGGUUUACUUUAGGGUUUUCAUGGAGUAGGGGGCUGGAAUCUUUAACUCCCUGCUCAGUUGUCAAGCAGCUAAAACAUAUUGUUUACUUUAGGACUUGCAAGAGAGUUGGUUGAUCCAGCAGCCUCCUGUGUGAGAUAAGAAAGGUUCACACACAAAAGACUGAAGAAAAGGUGGCAGAUGUGGAACUCUUUGUAACAGAACCAUAUUGUAUUAUUUGAAAAAGUGUUUAUAAUAUACUACAUUAUGUUCCCUAUAUCUACAAUGCUUUUAUAUAAGAAGCUUUUAAUUGGUCAGCACAAACAAGAGAGGUUGUGGAAAAGUGUACUUAGUAGCCCAGCUGCACAAAGAAAGGUAAUUUUGUAAAAAAAAAAAAAAAAUGCUUUUUUUUUUUUUUUCUUGAACCACCUUGCUUAAAUAUAUUAACAUGUGCAUUAUUUUUGGUUUUGUUUUAAAAUAAUUGUAUUUAUAAACUGGAAGGGUACAUAGGUAUAAACAAAGAGCAAACUGGGAGAAACAAAAUAAAUCAGUUCUUUACUAGACAUGUACUAUCUAUUGCACCCUGUAAGCGUUGGCCAUCGAUGGAAGUGUGCUGCACUGUUGACCAACACAUUAAUGCAGAGUGUGGAGACUAUAAACUGGUUGCCUGUAAGUCAGUUAUGCAAUUAAUUAAAAUAGCAUUUCAGGCAAUAUUUUAAUCAGGCCAUUAUAUAUAUAUAUUUUUUUUUAUAAAGUCAGUUGAACAGCAUUGGUGUAAUGAGGAACAACUGGUUUGGCUAAUUUGGGACAUUUCUAUGAAAACCUUGCUACUGACUUGAUUGGAGUGAUCUUUAUGGAUCUGUGUGAUUGCCAAUAAUUGAAAAUGUAUAUCCCAAAACAAACACGCUUUCUUUUAUAAUUACCAUAAAAAGUAUAGAGAGCUGGCCACUAAAUAUUUCAUUUUAAUAAAUAACUGAGACUUUCACCAGGCCCUAAGCCCAUGCACAGGCGCUCUACUUAUUUUAUAACUAUAGCUAAUCGUUUUAUUCAUGUACUUAAUCAUAACCUUGAUUGAUUGCUAAAUUUGUAAAGCUGCUGUUUGAGUACUAUUAAAUAAAAUGAGUUCAUGUAUUUUGAAUAGACUUCACAUAAAUUGAUGGGGGGUGUUUACAAAUUUAUUGGUAUCCAUGCAAGUUAUUUUUCGUGUACAGUUAAUGUUUUUGUAAUCUGCCAUUUCAUUUCACUGAAAUUCCAAUGCAGUCAGGAUAUAAGACAGUCUUUUUGUCUCCUGGUAAAGCUGAAAAUUAACAAUUUGACAAUUGGCGGAGCUACAGCUGUCACCAACCUGUCCCUCGCAGAUGCAGCAAUCUUGAUCUGGCAGGUCUUGCCAAUGUCACUGCUCUACAGCAUUGCAGCGUUCCCUGUAGCCAUCCCCUGGUGACGGCUGUUGGGAUUGACACUUAGCGUCCACCCUUAGUCCCUGCUUUCUCUGUGUAUCUCUUGACUGUGUUGGAAUUUCAGUAAAAUUCUAACACAAUCAAAAUAAGUAUUUCAUGAAGAUUCUAUCUUUGGCUGGUAGACCGUACCACUUUAAACCUGCUGGAUCUAUCUUGUAUAAUGGAUAAGUUCUGCUAAAAAUAUGUAUGUUAAUUUCAUUCCACUAGUAUUGGAUCCUUCCGACAUUGCACCUGUUAUGGCAAACUGACACCACACAUUAGGUUUUCAUUUAUUUUUUUUGUGUAUAAUUGCAUUUUUAUACUUCCCUAAAACCAAUCUUUAAGCCUGUUUUAGUGUAGUGUUUGGCCAGAGUGUUUAGUUUGCAUGUAUUAGAGCUUUAGGGAAUUCUCACAGUAAUGUGUUGGUGUUAGUAAUUGUGUUAAAAUAUAUCUUUAUAUAAAUAAUCUGGGCUUGUUUGUUACAGAUUACUACUUCAGUUUUAAGUAUGUCAAGUCCUAUCCUGCUCCUUUAAACAAAUGCUUUGUAAGCUGCUAGGCAUUGGUGAGACAAACCAUUUUUCCCAUGAGCUGUGAUCUUCUUCAAAAUAGCUCAAAUGUGAUUGUGGUUCAGAUUUUAUUCAGUGUAGGGUUUGUUUUAUCUAGUGAAGUGGCUACAAUGGGAAAAAUAUUUAAUGUUAUGCUUUACUGUAUCAUAUAAACGCAUGAAUACAACGGUGAUAUAUAGUAAAAUAUUCAAACAAAUUGGGGCACGUCUGGUUAGAGCUUGUUUUUCAGGUUCUUCUGUUUUAAAGGGCCUCACCAUGUAUUUUCAUUGAACAUAUUGUGGUGCGUAGGAUCUCAUUAGUAUCUCUGCACAUUGCUGCUUCUGUUGUAAUGCCCAUCCUCUUGUCAGAGGAAAAUACCAUAUAUACUAGAGUAUAAGCCGAGUUUUUCAGCACAUUUUGUGUGCUGAAAAACCCCCACUCGGCUUAUACUCGAGUCAAGGUCUGAAUUGUGGCAAUUUACAUUGCCACAAUACAGACCAGGACCGCCGGGCUCAUUACAAGCCCGGCGGUCCUGUUGGGGGCUGACAGCGAGCUCUUACUUACCUUCCUGCAGCUCCUGUCAGCUCCUUUCUCCCUCCGUGCAGCUCCGUUCUGCUCACAGUGUAAGUCGCGGGUCUCACGAGACUUACACUGUAAACAGAGCUGACCGGAGCUGCAGGAAGGUAAGUAAGAGCUUGCUGUCAGCCCCCCCCCCCCCACUGAUCUGCCAAUGCCACUGGACCACCAGGGAUUCACAUAGCCCCCCUCCCUGGCCAGGCAACAAGCCGGGAGGGGGGACAAUGAUCUAUAAAAAAAAAUACAAGUAUUAAAAUAUUAAUAAAAUAGAAUAUUAAAAUAAUAUAAUAGAAUAUAUAAUAUUAAAAUAAUAUAUUAAAAUAAUAGAAUAAUAAUAGAAUAAAAUACAAAUAUUAAGAAAAUAAUAGAAUAAUAAUAGAAUAUAAAAUAAUAUUAAAAUAAAAAUGCCCCCCCUCACUCAGUUUACACACACUACAUUCACACAAACACACUGCAUUAUAUACACACUGCAUUCAUUAUAUACACACAAAAAUACACUCUCUGCAUUCAUUAUAUACACACACACACUCUGCAUUCAUUAUAUACACACACACACACUCUGCAUUCAUUAUAUACACACACUGUAAAUAAAUAUUCAAUUAAUGUAAUUUUAUUGGGAUCUAAUUUUAUUUAGAAAUUUACCAUUAGCUGCUGAAUUUCUCACCCUAGGCUUAUACUCGAGUCAAUAAGUUUUCCCAGUUUUUUGUGGUAAAAUUAGGGGCCUCUGCUUAUAUUCGGGUGUGCUUAUACUCGAGUAUAUACGGUAUAUGCUUCCUCCUUUGACCAUUUAAAUAUUUGUAAGGUGUAUUAUUACCAGUAUUUAUAAAGCACCAACACAUUCCACAGCUAUGCCCAAAUGGCAGGGUGUGGGGGACAGUACAAUAUUCACAGACCAAUACAAUGAUCUAGACAUUGUUGUUUUUUUUUUGUUUUUUUUUAUAUAAAUACAAUGGGCCUGCUAGAUAGCCAGUGAGCUUACACUCUAAAGGGUGCAUGCUACGCAAAUCUUUACCAGCCCUUGUUGGCUCUCUGAAAGAAUCUGAGCUGUGGCUACAUGCAUGCACUUGCAGUCAGUGAGUCCAGUUAAUGCUACGUUCUGUUCUAUUCACAAAACUGGGAAGUUGGUGUGUUGGGAGCUGGUUCAGGAAGAUGUUUUCAGCCUAACGGAGUAGAGAACUUUUGGGUGUCACAUCCUAUUUUUUUUACUGCCAUGGCAACUUAGAUUUGUCAAACCUUGAACUAAAGGCUAGUGAAAGGGCCGCAAAUAAUUCUUACAACAAUACUGUGUCAACACACCGGUAACGUUACAGGACUGUUUGUGCUUUCAACCAUUAUUCUGUGUAAGCUGUAUGAAUGCACUUAAAAUAAUCCAGGAAUAAGUGGCGUUUCUUGAAGUCGACUAAAUAUUUGUUUUGUCAAGAGUAUUUGUAAGGCUGAAUAAAGAUUGGAAGAGGAGUUACCUCUCUACAAGUGACAGCUUCCAACCCCUGCCCCCUGUAAAUAUUGUUGAGGCAUUAACUGAGAGGAGUAGUGCAGGUUUGAAAGAACACUAAUGGAAUUUUUAUUUAAUUUUUUUUAAACACCUUAGCUGAUAUAUCCUCCUUGAAAACAUGCAUGCAUUUAUUGCUACUUUUCUUUAUUGGAGGUAUAUCUCCUGUCUGUAGCCUAUGCAAGCACUGGAUCUGCAGAAUAAUGGUAUAAGGCAUGCUCCCUUGGGUAUUUAUGCAAAAGGACAGUAUGCUAGAAUGGCACUUUUGGGUUAUACUGGAUGUGCCUGGGUAGAGAGGCAUACAAUGAAAAUUAUAAAAUAAAGGCUACGAAUAGUGAACUUUGUCCUCGUUUUAUUUUAUUUAUUUUUUUUAAUUCUUUAUUUUUAUUGUGCUGUCGAAACAAUAUAACAGGCAUGCCAGACUUACCACAACAGUAUUGUCAGGCUAUUGUAAUAAAAAACAAAAAACAUUCAACAUGGUAGUCCAAGUGUCAGCACUAUUUUAUAUUAUACAAUAUACAUCUAGUCGGGUCGUUAUAGGUUGUAUUAACGUGGAUUUUGUCGCUGUUCGCGUCUGUUUGAGCUCUGAUUAUUUGUCUAUUCCUCAGAAUACACCUGGUCAGAUUGCUGGUCUUGUUAGGGUGGUUGGUCUGGGCUAAGUGUGUCUGAGGGUGGUCUAUGUGCCGACCAUUCUAUAUUGCGGGAAGUUGGGCUGUGUAGGUCCAGUGGAGCUCUUAGCUUAUACUUUUGCCCCUCAUCGAGGGGGGCUGUGGGCACAGGGGGUGUUUAAUGUUGUCCUGAGAGUACACGUUUACAACUCUCCUCCGCUUAUCUACCUAUGUGGUGAGGGUAUUUUCCCGGCAUCGGGGAAUGUGGUAAGUAAGAAGACGAAGCAAACUUCAUAAAUCAUAACUAAACUACUGUAUAACUGGACUAAUCCUAGCCCUAGGACCAUGGGUGCCAAAGGGUUCUCUAGACCAGUUAGGUCACAGAGUCCCAGGUCCCAGAGGGAACGAAUGGCCUGAUGGUUUGGUAUGUCCCAACGGGGUGUUUGUGAAGGCCUCUGGGUCCCGCUCUGUGGUUUUGCCAAGAAGAGUGCUGUCAUGAAUUUAGUUGCCUCCUCUGGCGAUGUGAUCCUGUGGGUUUUCUCUGCCUCUGCACGGUUUAAGCUUGGAGUGGUCCACCGUUAUGGUAUAUUCAUGUCUUGUAGCCUCCGGGCUAUAGGCCGCAUGGUCGAGCGCCAUUGCAAGGUAGAUCGGGUGAGAUUCUGGUAGAAAGUUAAUUGGUGCGACUCAAAUAGGGCUUGUGCUUGUGUGAAAUUUUGCUUCUCAGCAAAAGAUUGAAAUUGCACAAUUACAUCCCUGGGGGAGGCUGCGGGCCUCUGUCUAUGGCUUCCACUUUAUGGCUGGUGGUGGCCUGCGAGACCUGUAGUGCUUGAGGCUCUUCAUCUCCUCCUCUGUGGUGCAUACCCUCUCCGUGACGGCAUGCACAUCUUCCUUUGCAAGCGCUAUGUCCGCAUCAAACAGUGUGCGGAUUCGAUCUAAGAGGUCUGCUAUGUCUUAUUUCAUGGAGGGUGCUGAGUUUGAUGCUGCUGCUGGUUUAUUUGGGCCUGAAGGGACUGGCUUGGUAGGCCGUUCUCGAGAUGGACUGGCCUCCCCGUCCGCCCGCUUCGGGAUCUGAGUGCCUGUAAGUAAUUUGCCGGUGUCUUUCGUCCCGGAGGUUGGUGCGCCCAGAGUCUUCGGUUUCGUGCGCCCCAUCUCAGCUGAGGUAUGUACCGUGUUAGGUGUGAGGGGUAGGGAUCUGUCAUCCAGAAACUCUGCAUGCCUCCCAGGAAACAACAGGUUGCUGGGCUUGUGUGUCCUCCGCUUUUUGCCUGGCGAUUUAGCUUGCUUUCCACAGAAGAAAGGCAUGUAUGCGCACCAUGGGUUUUCACCCAGCUUUGGGUAGUACUGCUAGAGGCUGAUGUAGAUUAAUUUGGUCGAUUAUUGUAGGAUUCAGAAUGUAGGGCCCGGAGCAGUAUAAAAUGGCGUCUACUCUAUGCGGGUGCUUGGCCCCGCCCCCAUGUCCUCGGUUUUAAUAAUUGGAUAAGCUUUUCAAAUGAUUUCAUAUUUUGAAGAAUUUUUUUUUCUUUUAAAUGCUUUUUACGGUUUAUCCAAAAAUUUUAAAUAAUUUGAAAGCCUUAUACAAAAAAUACUAAAUCCAGGCCUUUGUUAAGUUAUGCACAUUUGUUAGAUUUAAAAUUUUUGCUUUCAGCAUUGCGGAUACAUUAGGCUACACUGAGCAUUUACUUUUAUUGCCAGUGAUUGCCUACUACCUCUCAUACCUUUUACAUGGAUCCUACUACAACUAGUCUUACCCUCCAGUACCCUGCUGCAUUGUUCUUAGAGUUGUGGAUGCCUCCAGGGCAACCAAUUUUGAUGCCUACAUGCUAGCUUCAAUGCCAGAAAUCUGGCGUCUCAGCGGAGUCAUGUUAACGGUUUAUAUUCUCCCUUGCUAGUAGCGUUGGCUAGGGAGAUUCCGUGGGAACCAAAUUGCGUGCCCUGCGGUUGUUAUGCCUGGAGAGAGGAAGGACCUCCUGUGCAAGGCCUCUUCUCGUCUCCUGAUCAAUCCUCCUUCGGCAUAGUCUCUGCCGAAGAAUUAAUUUACAGGUGGGAGAAAAACCUUUUUUAAAAUGUUUUUGCUCCCAAUUUAUACAUUUGACAGCAAAACUGCUAGCACAAUGUGUAGAUGAAAUGUGAUGCUCUUUAAAAAGAGCAAAAUUAUUUUUGAGAAUUACAGGUGCUCUUUAAGAAGUAAAUAAGGGCAGAUAAUAUAGUAAAUAACUGUUAUUUUUCACGAUCAUGCCCUAUUCUGUUAUAGCAAGUCCUUCCGCUGUACAUUCUCUUCUGAAUAUAGACUGAAUUUAGUCCUUUCCAUUUAUGUUUGCCUUUUGCCAUCUGCUUUUCACAAGUGGCUCCUUCAUGUCUGAUGUCAAGAGAGCUUUCCAUGUUCAUUCAAUGGAUCACAUGCAUAUUCCGAAUUUCAUGCAAAGUUUGAAGAUAUGUUUGUUUUAGAAAAUUUUUAGGUGACUUUUACACAUUUCACGUUCACAGUCUUGUUCUUUCCAUUGGUCUUUGAGUGCAGUGUGUGCCUGAGAGUUCAGGUAAAAGUGGCAUCUUGGCUUGCCGUGAUAAGUGUGUGUCCUGAGUGUGUUUAAUGUGAUAUGCAGAUGGUGUUCUUCUAUGCUUCAGAGGCUUUCUGCAGUAGACAAAAGUCUAGACUGUGUGUCUGCAUUCUCCCCCAGCUUUGAUCCUUGAUUUAAACAUAUAAGAUUGCAUCUUUGUGUGCCAUUUUAAUUUAAGCAUGUUUUUUGCUUUGUCUUUCUUACCACAGCAGGGUAUUUCAGUAGCGCAGUAAUGCUUCUCACCCUUCCCAACCUGGUGGUAUUAACCCCUCUGUGUUGGAAUCCCGUUAUGUAUUUGAACUGUAGAUCAUCACAAGUGAAGAAAAUCAAUUUUCCCAUCUUGCCUGAAUUACUUUCAUGUUCUCCGGUACAACCGUAUGGACCUAAUAAGUAAUGAACUCUUAGUAUGUUAAUCUUUACUUCUUUCACUUAGUGUAUUCUACGUAUCUAGCUCAGUUUACAUACCGUAUUUUUCGCUCCAUAAGACGCACUUUUUUUCCCCUCAAAAGUGAGGGGAAAUGUCUGUGCGUCUUAUGGAACGAAUGUGAAGAAUUACUUACCUGUCUUGGAGCGUGGGCCGGCUUCACAGCGCGCUCCGCGGUCCAGGAACUUCUAUUUCAGGUUCCGGUUUCCGGCGGGACUGAAAGGAAGUGUGCACACUGAGUGUGCACACUUCCUUUCAGUCCCGCCGGAAACCGGAACCCGAAAUAUUAGUUCCUGGACCGCGGAGCGCGCUGUGAAGCCGGCCCACGCUCCAAGACAGGUAAGUAAUUAUGGGACAAGGGGAGGGGAGGAGACACUAUGGGACAAGGGGAGGGGGACACUAUGGGAGAAAGGGAGGGGAGACACUAUGGGAGAAGGGGAGGGGAGGAGACACUAUGGGACAAGGGGAGGGGGGAGACACUAUGGGACAAGGGGAGGGGGACACUAUGGGAGAAAGGAGGGAGAAGGGAGGGGAGACACUAUGGGACAAGGGGAGGGGAGGAGACACUAUGGGACAAGGGAGGGGAGGAGACACUAUGGGACAAGGGGAGGGGGGGAGACACUAUGGGAGGGGAGGGGGACACUAUGGGAGAAAGGGAGGGGACACUAUGGGAGAAAGGAGGGGAGACACUAUGGGAGAAGGGGAGGGGGGACACUAUGGGAGAAAGGGAGGGGAGACACUAUGGGACAAGGGGAGGGGGGGACACUAUGGGACAAGGGGAGGGGGGACACUAUGGGACAAGGGGAGGGGGGGACACUAUGGGAGGGAAAGUGCACUAUGGGACAAUGGGAGGGGGGGACACUAUGGGAUCAGAACACUAAUGGACAAGGGGAGGAGGGGUUAAAGAACACUAUGGGACAGGGUAGGAGGGGUUAACAAUCACUAUGGGACAGGGUAGGAGGGGUUAACAAUCACUAUGGGACAGAGGAAAGGGGGGUUAAAGAUCAUUAUGGGACAGGGGAGAAAAAAAAAUAUUCUGAACAAACUGUCCCAUGGUAAGAAACACUAUGGAACAGUUUGUUCAGAAUAUUUUUUUUUCUGGGUUUCCUCCUCUAAAAACUAGGUGCGUCUUAUGGUGAGGUGCGUCUUAUGGAGCGAAAAAUACGGUAUAUCUACUAAAAAGAAAAUGGACGUGACACACAUUAAAAUGCCACUGUAAGCUCUGUUAGUUUAGCAAUUCAUUCUUUGUCCAUUGGUACAUAGCUGUCAUUUCAUAUCCACCCCCUUUCUGUAUUUUUGUCAGUGCGUUCAUAUUUCCCCAUUUUGUAAACUUUAAAGUAAGUUAACCAUGUUGGAAAAUUAACAAAGGACUACAAUUUCACAGUAAAUAGAGAUUGCAAGAUUGCACUUUUUCCAAUAUUUACCUUUCCAGCCUUGACUUAACAUGUGAAAGUGGUGUAAAAUGUGUGCCCCUUAGUUGGCACAUACUGACCUUUAGUGUUGAAUGCAAAUCCACCAAGUCCUGGCGAAACAUGGAUUGUACCGGCAGAAUUUAAUUUUAAAGAGACAGAUUUUAAGACCUAGAUGCAGCACGAUUUCUAAUGGCUAAUGGCAAUAAAAGGAUACUUUGUUUCAGAUAUCUUAUCCUUUUGAAAGUGUGCUGAUGAUAUAGCGUACACUUCUCUGAACUUGUAUCUGUUUAGCCUGUGACUACACAGCAUACUGAUCAUAGCAAGUGUGGCGUCAUUAGGAACUAUAUCCCCUUAUUAACCCUUUUAUCUACCCAGAAGGUUUCUACAUCACUUCAGUGGCAGCUAACAGCAUGUCAGUUACACUUUUAUGGUUAUUCAUUAAUGUGUGACUCAUUUAACGUUUUAUUGCAAAAUGGUAAAAUGCACCCUUUUGGAAAGAUAAUCAGGACAAGUAUAGAUUUUAUUUAAUAAUUACCUUGGAACUUGCUUCCUAUUUGUUACUCUAUCCAAAGCAUUACUCUGCAUUUCAACAGUGGCUGCUAUGCACAUGAGCUCAGCAUAAUAGGAGUCCCCCUCGGCGUCUCACUGCCCUUGAUCUGUACUGUUAUUAACACAAUGUAUACCUUAAGUGUUGCCACCAAAGUGUUCUUGUGUAAUCUGGAUGUGGCAUAGUCACUUGAACAGAACACUCAAGACUGGAUUUGCCACCUUAGAAAAUAUGUAGCAGAACAAAAUACCUCUCAGGUGCUCUCUAGGUGUCUGAGUCCCGGAAUCUGUAAUUCUAAAUCCAAUCUGGAGGGUAAUGGUAUCCCAACUAAUUCAUGGACUUCGCCAUUGAAUGGUAGAAUUAAUUCACAAUAUUGCCAUGGAUGGCAUUUGGUUUUUUUUAAAUCUUGUUUUUGAACUGAUGUCAUGGACGGACAUGUUUAACAUGUCACUACUUAAGAUUUGGAUAGACUUAAUAUUGCUAACUUGUAAAUCUUGUGUUGGUAGUAAAAGCAAGAGAGCUUUGCUGGGUUACCCCAAAAGCACUCUCACACAGAAACAGGAGACCGUGCCCAGAGUCUAUUAGGCUGUAGUAAUUGUUGCUCAGGCUGCAUCUUACAGUGGAUAAAUUGCUGCUUCUUGGUAGAAUUACCCUGCUCACCCCAGCAGAGUUGCAGUACAGAAGAUCAUUGUGACGUUUUGGUUGUACUGUCUUGGUUGUACGGUCGUUGCUUUUUAGCUACAUGUUCUUUUGCAAACCACCAUUUUAAGCACAGAUUGAGACUGUCACAAGCUCAUUGCUUCUGUGUAUCAUUACUUGACCAUUCAGUCUCUUCCUUCCCAAAUGGAUGUGUAAAAUCACAUUGCUUUUCUAAAAAAAUCCAUCUAAAAUUUGCUGUGUUAAAAGAUGUUCUAAUCGUUGUUAACCUCUUCAGUCACGACUCUCUCUUCUCACUUGCAGUACUUGUAGAAUACAUAUGACAAUAGUCUUGUCUGCUGCAAUCCUACCUUUCUCUCUUUAUUAUGAGACUGAAUUGCAACCACUUCUUUCUCCUUUAUACUGAUUACAGGAACUCUGUAGCAUUAGGAAUACAAAUGGUGUCAUAGUGCAAAUUUAGAUUUAACCCAUCCCCCUUGUUUUUUAAGUAAAGGUUGUUUCCUAAAAGUGAUCAUGAUCUGUUUGUGUUUAAUGCAGUUAAAGCAUAAGUCUAUUGUGGCACAGGGGUUUAAAAUGGCCUAGCAGCUACCAGGUUAAAUUGGGUAAUACAUAGAUUAUUCUGCUAUUUCCUUGAGGUGCAAGAGUGAUUGACUCCAUAUUUCAUGUCUGGUUCUCUAAUGGUUAACUCAAUUGUUAAAGCGGCACUGUCAUGACGAACUUACCUUUCCUCUUCCUCUUCUCCCCCUCUCUCGGGAUCUGUUCAUCUUUUCUUCCUGUCUUCUUUAGUUUUCUUUAAAAUCAAAAGACAAAGUAGGGACUCUUUGCUUUAUGGAGGUUUCCUCCGCUUGACCAGCUUUGACCAGCGGCUUUCCUCCCUGUUCCCACGAUGCUUCCUGUCAGUAUUGCCGAACGUCCUGUCACUUAGACAGAACGCCGACAAACCUGCCGAAUUGCAUCUAACAGAAUGAGAGCGGUUUCUCCAUUCAUUUUAGGAUGCAAUUCGGGACUUUGUUCGGCUCGCAAUUUCAUUCGAAUGAAUUAAAUUCCGAUCCUAUUCGUGCUGUGGCUGCAGUCGCUUAGUAGAUAAAUCCCUAAUUCCCACGGUAUCAGGGAGUUAUCUACUAAAAUGCUGAAAGACCUAAAUUGGUCUUUCAGCAAAAUUUACUAAUACUAAGUAAAGAUUACUUAGUAUUAGUAAAUUCUGCCCCUACUCACGGCAUGUCUAUUAAACAGUGAACUGUUAUAAAAAAACAAUGUCCUCCCCCCGGCCCCCACCCAUGGGCGACGGGUAGGGGCCCUAAAUGGUAGGGGAUAGUUUUAUUUGGGGGGGGUGACUAGUGGCUUGGGACCCGUAGUCAUCUUGAUUGGGCGGGGGGUGAAUUUUUAUUUUUUUUAGGGGCCCCACCCCUUAUUGUUUUUAGGGCCCCCACACACCGCUCGGGGGGGGAGGACAGUAGGUCCCCCCUUAUUGUUUUUUAGGGCUCCCACCCACCGCUCAGGGGUGGGGAUCAGGGAGGAGGACAGUAGGUGUCCACCCACCGCUCGGGGACGACGACAGUAGGUGUGUCCCCCCCCCACCAUUCAUGGGUGGGGGCCGGGGGGGGGGAUUUCAGUAGGUCUCCCCACCAUUCUUAUAUGGGGUCCUCACCCACCGCUCAGUGUUGGGGCCUGGGGGGAGGACACCCACCGCUCAGUGUUGGGGCCUACUGUCCUACCCCCAGGCCCCAACACUGAGCGGUGAGUGAGGACCCCAUAUAAGAAUGGUGGGGGGACCUACUGAAAUCCCCCCCCCCCUGGCCCCCACCCAUGAGUGGUGGGUGGGGGCCCUAUAUAAGAACGGUGGGGGGACACCUACUGUCCCCCGGGUGGGUGGACACCUACUGUCCUCCUCCCUGGUCCCCACCCCUGAGCGGUGUUUGCUUAUUUUUUUUUUUUUAAUAGGCCUCAUGCUGAUAAUGUCAGUUUACAUUAAAUGCACUGCAAAAGCAAUUGCCAUUUAAACACAUGCAAACAACUUCUGUCUGUCCUAUGUUUUUGCCUGGUUGAUGGGAUAAGUGGUAGUUGUGCUGCAAAAUCUGGUAUGGUGGAUUCCUCCCUCCCUUUCCCUCUUCUCUUGACGUCUCUGCUGUACACAACAUACAUGCAGGCCAAACUCUGUGGGGGUGAGUUUAAACUGCUUUCAUGUGUGGGGUCUUUAGCGGAAAAGCAUCCAAAAAAAGUAGAAAAGGGCCUACAAACACACAGCUAUCUACUAGAAACUGUCUCAUUUGUACUUGCUCACAAGAGUGCAAAACUGGGUUUUAGGAAAGAUCUAGUGGGCUAUGAAAAGCUUCAUAGAAGUUUGAGUUUGUGCAUUGGGAUAUCUGUUCCAUGACAGUUUUCCAGUAUAGCGGUGAUGUGUUUCUAGCUCAUACAGUUGAGUGUUAAAGGCAGCUCAGACAGCCUGAGCCAGUGUCUCUUUUCCAGUAUAAUGAGAAAUGUAUAUAGUGGGAGGAAUUUCAAGAUGUUAGUAGAUAUGCAAAAAGAAAAACAAAAUAUAAUGCCUUAUUUUUGAUAAUGGGUGGAAGAAAAAAGGAAAUGCACUUACAGUAUGUAGAGCUUAAGGUAGCUUUACUUGAAUAUGCGUAGGCGGUACAAUCCCCUCCUGGGGAUAUUUGGUGUGUUCUUUUAAUCCAGUAGGAAGUGCUCUAAGGAGUAUGUAAAAGAAUCAGAAGAAAAUCAAAGUCUAGUGCAAUAUAUCUUGAUAUUGAGGUAGAGUAUUAGCAAAUUAAUAAAUACACUCACAAUUCAUAGAGCCUCCAGAUUGCUCUCAGAAAGCAACAUAUAGUGGUAUAAUCACCACUUCAGUAUCAUGUUAGCUGGUGGAAGGUGUCGUAGUGAAUUAUGUGGAUAAAAAUACAUAAUUAUACUGCUCAUUGUAUUCUAUAGACAAAUUUCAAAUAUUUAUCUGCAUUUAUAUAGCGCCGACAUAUUCCGUAGUGCUUUACAAUAUAAUAAGCGGGGGAGAUUUAACAAAACUUACGGGAACAAUAGGUUGAUGAGGAAGCUGCUCAAACAAGCUUACAGUCUAGAGGUACUCACUGCUGGGGAGCAAAAUAGAGAUUUGCUCAUUCUACAGGGCUCAGGUGGUAUGUUCCACACCAAAGGAAUAGGUGUGUCCAGCUAUUUUUUUUAUUUUUAUUUUUAAUUAAGUAUAUAAUAUAAUUAUAUAGUUAUUUAAGUAUAUGUUAGAAAUAAAAUGCAAUAGUGAAGGCAAUACAAUAAGUACAAAUGCUAACCUGUUUUACCUUCAACAAGCCUUUCUCAAAGUGUUCACUGUGAUAGAUAGAUAGAUAUAUAUAUAUAUAUAUAUCUAGAUUAUACACACUUCAUGGAGAUGAGGGAAUAAUCAGAAACCGUGUCCAAUGUAUUUUAUGUAUAGGAUCAUGUAUGCGCAAUAUGUAUAAGAUUGUGUCCAAUGUAACUUGUGUGAAGAGGAGAGUGGUACGGUGUAUCUUGAUGUGUGUAAAGAUUAUGCGUUCUUCUGUCCAUCCGUACAGCCAAACUGUGUUUGACCCAACUAUAGCUUUACACUAAAGAGUACCGGCCCCUGGUUGACUGCAUUCAAAUGUAAGCAGGUUACUCGGAAUAUUAUUAUUAUUAUUAUUAUUUUAUUAUUUAUAUAGCGCCAACAAAUUCCGUAGCGCUGUACAAUGGGUGGACUAACAGACACAUAAUUGAGAUCAGACCACUGACGUACAGGAACAGAGGGGGUUGAGGGCCCUGCUCGAUGAGCUUACAUGCUAGAUGGAGUGCGGUAUAGUGACACAAAGGGUUAAAGUAGGGGAAUUAAAUAGGCAUUGUUUAAUCUGCAGAGAAUGCGUAUAUGAAGAUAUAAAUGUCUUCUUGUCAAAUUGUUUUUCAAUUUGUUAAAAUCCUAUACAAUUGGUUAUAGAGGUUUAAAAAAAGUUCAAAUGUAUGAGAUACAGCUCUUUAUUUUAUUUUUUUUAUUUAACCAUAAGUUAUGGUUUGUUGCCUUCCCUUUAGCAGAGGCGCAUCUGUAGAAUUAAAUCUCCGCAGUUUUUAACUUUGUAUGCUGUUUUUUGUGAAAACUCUUCUGUGCUUCAAGAUCUGUUUUGUUCAAUUGGCAAAGUCUUGUUCCAAAUGCAUACAUUUGUACAUACCAGUAGAUGUAUGGGUUGAUUACCUUUUUUCCCCCUCACUCUGCAUGUGAAGUUUGUCCUCCUUAGAAAUAGCAAUGAUCCAUUUAAAAAAAAAAAAAAAAUUUUUUUAAAAGAUACUCUCUCAUUGUGCUAGGCAGAUGCUUGGCAGACUUCUAUGUUUAACUAUUGCAAAAGAUUAUGCUGUUGGAAUGUUGGUUUUGUUUGGUGCAAUAAAAUAUGGAAUUUAGGACCAGAAGAAGGGGUAUCGUUUUCUUCACUAGUAUGGGUAUAUGAUUACUGAUUACGGUGUCCACAGCAUUCCACACACCUUUUGUACUGAAUGUUGUGCGUUUGAAUGUGCAUUUAUUUACAUCAUUGUUGGCAUUUCUGGCUAUUAACAAUAAUUUAUAACCAUUUAACUGGUCUUUGACCUCCGCUCUUGAAUGGGCAACAUGCAAGUCAGGAGGAGUUUAAGGUUUGCAGACACUUGGGGAAAACCGUCAUGAGAUAUUUCUCCUCUUAGUGUACUUUACCUUAAUGUUUUCACAGCUUAAUAAAUGCUAAAAAUGCACACUUUCACCUCUAGCAAUGUUUAAUUGUCCAGCAAGCAAUGCACAGAUUUUGCCUUAAUGUUGCAAUAACAUUGCCAUGUUACCUUAAUUCUUUGUUGAGCAAAUAUUAAAAAAAUAAAAAGAACCGCUUUUAAAACACCUUAUUUGAGAAUAUUCAUGUUUGGUACAUUGUGCUAAAAAAUGGUCUGCUGUUAUAUUCAGCAUCUUGUACAAAAAUAUUAAUUUUAAUCUGCAAAAUGAUUCUGGUUCUGAGUGAAGUGGGAUAUGUGGCUAUCAGUGUUGCUUGGUGCCAGUUGUCUUUUAACAUUUUGUAUAGUGCUAUUAUCCAGAACAUUAAUGUGUAAUCGUAGGUAUAUUUACAGACAGAGGGGAUAUACAGUAUAACUAAAGGAACUCUCUAAGAGAGUAGAUACAGUAAGUUAGUGUAUCCUUGUGGGUGAAACUGGAAAGAGAAAUAAAGACUGUUUAAAAAUCUGUUUGCUCUUUUAAUCUCUACUUCAUAUUUUUGUCAUAUUUACAAUGUCCUGGUGUAGUACAGCAGUUCUUAAAGGUACACCAUUUUAUUCUACCUGUUUAUGGCUUCUUUAAGAACAGCACCAAGCUGCUACAUGCUUUCAGACCCACACAGACCAGGGGAAAGAGAGAUUUGUUUCCUUUGCUGCUUAUAAUAUUAUGUAGUGCAGAACAAAAACCUGUUUAACCUGAACUGGUAAAUACACGAUUACUGUAAAUAUAUAUAUAUCUAUAUCAUGUACAAAAAAGGAAAAAAUAGAUCAGUAGAUCCCCUUUUUUUUGCAACAGGAAGCCAGUGAAAAGCAUUUUAGCUUUGUGUGAAAGUUUUAAUCCAAUUUUCUUUAAAGGACCACUCUAGGCACCUAGACCACUUCAGCUUAAUGAAGUGGUCUGGGUGCCAAGUCCUUCUAGGGUUAACCCAUUUUUUUAUAAACAUAGUUUCAGAGAAACUGCUAUGUUUAUGAAUGGGUUAAGCCUUCCCCCUAAUCCUCUAGUGGCUGUCUCAUUGACGGCCACUAGAGGCGCUUGCGUGAUUCUCACUGUGAUUUUCACAGUGAGAGCACGCAAGCGUCCAUAGGAAAGCAUUGUAAAUGCUUUCCUAUGUGACGGGCUGAAUGCGCGCGCAGCUCUUGCCGCGCGUGCGCAUUCAGCCCAGAAGGAGGAGAGGAGGCAGAGAGCUCCCCGCCCAGCGCUGGAAAAAGGUAAGUUUAAACCCCUUUCCCCCUUCCAGAGCCGGGUGGGAGGGGGACCCUGAGGGUGGGGGCACCCUCAGGGCACUAUAGUGCCAGGAAAACGAGUAUGUUUUCCUGGCACUAUAGUGGUCCUUUAAUGGCUUCAAUAAACAUCAUGGUAUUAAGCUAUAUAUUGUUUAGAAUUUAAUGUACCUAGAGGAAUUUAGCAGUAGGUAGUUUUAUCUUUAAAGUUUCAAAAACUCAUUUAUGUGCUUUCACCAGUAAUCUGUGUUAUAGAUGUUCUGUCAUUUGGCCUCAAGAUCUUGCCCUUUUCAGCUCUCCUCUUAGUUUUGUGCUUGAGUUGGUUUUCGUCACAAUAGAAGUGAGGGGGAAGAAAUAGUAUAGGUCAAGAUUCUUAUCUGCAAGUCAUUUUGUAUACGCCUCCUGCUGUGAUCUAAAAUGCUGCCUUUUUUAUUACUUUAUCUGCACAACUGUGAUUUAUUUAUUAGUGGUCAUCUUCUUGUUACUGCCAUGUCUAGUCACCCAGCAUACCUCCAGAUAUUACCAUUACUCUUACUAACAUUCUCUUUUGCUUGUUAUUUUCAAAGCUUUGUGGGGGUUGUAGUACACUGACAGCUGGAGGGCCAGUAUUUGCUAGUCCUUGUAUUUCUGUAUAGACUGCUUUAUGAUUCUCUGUUAAGCUGGAACUUCAGUGAAUCUGAUCCUAGUUUAGAUACCGUGACUUUCCAGGAAUUUACACAAAGCAGCUUCUUGUUCUGUAACUGAAGCAGCCAGUUUGUGUUUAUAUUGGUUAAGCCUUAAAGGGAAAAUUACUAAAUAUAUGGAUUGUUUGCUAUAAAUGUGUUAACUUACAUUUCCCACUCUCUCUCCAAUCAGUUUAGUUUGCCAGUUUUUCGCCUGCUCCUAUCUCCAAGUCUAUUUUUUUCUUUUAAUCUUGUGUCCAUUUAGCCCUGUGUUGUCUCUUUAUACAAUUAUCUGUCUCUUUUUCUGGUCUUUAAUACUGUCAGUCCUUCUCUCUACCAGGUCCCCCACAGUUUACCCUGGUUUUCCUUAUAAACACUUGUUUCUUAUCCAUUCUACCUCUCCACCAGUGUUCGCUUUCUACAUUUCCAGAUUUGUUUUGUGCACUUAAUUUCAUUCCUCUAUAUCCUAAUCUCCCCCUCCCAUUCACUUGUCCCUUCAUUUCUUUCCUUGUAUUUUCAUGUAGUCUCUCAAUCCGUUUUCUCUCCACACCCCUUAUCCUCUGUAGGAUAUUUACUCCUUCCUCUCUCUCCUUAUUCACCUCGGUCUUGGGUUCAAAUUAUUCCUAUAUUUAAAAUAAAAAACUAUAAAAAUGUAUUAUAUAAUAUGUAGGUUGGAUGUUAAAAUUUGAAGCAGGAGGUCUACAACUCAAGACCUAGAUCAGUCCUGCUUCUUUGGGGUCUGACUAAAUGAGUCAAAGCACUCUGCAAGUUUUUCGAUCACACCCUUUUGAUCUCAGGUCGUUCAGCUAAACUGUUAUUGGUUUAUACCACUGGAGGUGUCCCUAGGCUUUUCUCUGAAAAGACUGUUUUUACUGCAAAAAGAGGGGAUGAUUCUACUCACCAGAACAACUACAUUAAGCUUUAGUUGUUCUGGUGACUAUAGUGUCCCUUUAGUAGAUGUUGCAACAGAGCAUGUCCUGAGUUGGUGUGCUGGGCAAAUUCCUCAUUCAUUUUAACGCAAGUCUCCUGCAUUACAUUGUAAAUGGAAAAUAAUUGUUAUAUUAUGGUUUUUUUUUUUUCAUUAUCUGUGCUUACUUAAACUGCAGCGCGUACCGUUGGCCUUCUGAAUUUCUUGUUUGCUAGCUCUGUGAGUUAUGAGGACUAGCCAAUUGUUAUUUUUCAGAAUUGAAAGACCAGGGUCUAUCUACCAAUAUUUCUGUGGAGACCAGAGUUUACAAAAAUAACUCUUUCAUUCAUUUAUUUAUAAAAUAUUUUACCAGGAAAGAUACAUUGAGAUUUCUCUCGUUUUCAAGUAUGUCCUAGUUAGCAGUUGUUUGUAGCAGUGAACAUUAACUUUUCGUAUACAUAUAUAAACAUCAGUCUGCCUUUUCAAGGAAAGAUUAAUAGAACACCCUCGUGAAAAUUUUUAUAAAUGUACUGUGAUAUCUUUAUAUUCUAUGUAAAUUGUUAAAAUAACCUAAAAAUGUGUCCCAAUACUGGCCCCAAAGAGCCCAAGUUGGGACACUCUGCCUAAGUGUCGGAAGACUAUCAAGAACAUUCCUUUAUACAAUUCUUUGAUCUUAUAAACUAUCUUGCUGGAAACCUUCCAAAAUAAAUGUGGCACCUUAUACAGCUGGGUAUUUACAAUGAUUUUGCCACUUUGUUUAAAAUAUAUGAACAAUCGAUCCUGUGUACAUGAUUAAUUUUUGUGUUCUCUCUCUCUCUCUGCGCAAAUCCAAGUUGUUUUUGAGAACAUUGUGCUGAUAUAUUGCUGUUCUCACACAGCCAUAUAUCAGUGCAAAAUAAGUUUAAAAAAAAAAAAAAAAAAAAGUCUGUACAUAAACCUCUAUCAAAAAGGAUGGGGUGGGAGAGGUGGCAGCAUUAUCACUCACACCUCCCUUUUUUAUAUUUUUAGGAAGGUCUCUACUCUUGCUAUGGGGUAGAACAGGGAGAGGACUUGGCUUGGUGCAUGCGCUGUCAGUCAGUUCUUAAAAACGAAUCUGGCUUAAAUUGUACAAAGAUAUCUAUCCCAAGGCAAGUUGCAAAGUGCAGCUGUGAAGAAAGGCCCCAUCUCAAAAUAGAAAUAAAUUAAAAGUUUUUGUUUUGCAAAUUUUCAUAGCUGCCCUUUAUUUUAAAGGACCACUACAGUGCCAGGAAAACAUACUUGUUUUCCUGGCACUAUAGUGCCCUGAGGUUGCCCCCACACCCAGGGUACUGCUCCCGCCGGGCUCUGGGGAGUGGAAAGGGGUUAAACUUACCUUUUCUCCAGCGCUGGUCUCCUAGGAAAGCAUUUACAAUGUCAAUGAGACAGCCACUAGAGGCUUUGGAGGCUGGAUUAACCCUAUUAUAAACAUAGCAGUUUCUCUGAAACUGCUAAGUUUAUUUAAAAAAAAAGGGUUAAUCCUAGAGGGACCUGGCACCCAUACCACUUCAUUAAGCUGAAGUGGUCUGGGUGCCUAGAGUGGUCCUUUAAUUUAAAGGACCAACUUCAUCUGAUUUAAAUUGUUCUGGGGCAGGGAUUAUCUAUCUAGAGUGAUCUCUAUAGUCUGAGCUAAACAUGGCAAAUAGAAAGAAGGAAACCUAUUCGCACAGUGGUGUGAAAAGUCAGGAAGUCUGGCGGCUUCUGGAGAGAACACAGAAAAACGUCAAAUGUUUAUUCACUACAUCAGGAACUCUGGUUUGUCUGGAAAUGUCCUGAGUUUGCUAUUGUUUUCAAUGGAGCACAGACAUGCUUUAAGUUUACAGUAGUAAAUGAAGAUAUUAUGCAAUCUAUUAGGUUGCCUGGGUAGCUUUAUUUGUGGUUUUAAUUAUAUGAACCUACUCACAGGUGAGCAGGAGAAUCUUUCGUGGUAUGCAAGAACUACUUAAUUUGGAGGUUUUUUUUUUUCUUCCUGUGGUUUUUUUAUUUCUCACUCAAUUAGUUUCAGUGAAAUACAGGGCUUAUAUUAUUUUCUUAUCAGUGCAGCCCUGUAAUAUCCUAUGACCUAGUUCAACUGGAUUUGACAUUUGUAUCUUUAUGUGAACCAGGUGACUUGUGUUAUUAAACCGGCAAGGAUUACAAAAUUCUCCACCUCUAACUUUUACAACAAAAUUAUACUCUUAAUAGUAAAUGGGACAAACUGUGCUGUGUGUAGUCCCACUGUUAUUUGCUGUGACAGGGCGUUACUGCUGAGCCUAACCCAGUAUUUAAACACUUCCUUUAACCCACACAGCCUGUAAACAUUACUUCCUUGCUGAACAGGCUGAUGAUUGAUGUGUUCUAUUCUCCUGCCUCCUGAAACUUCAUUUUCCACAUUGCACUCAUCUAGCCAGAACGUGGAAUUGUUCAUUCCAUGUGCCGAUACAACAUAAAGAGGAUUAAUGAAUAAACAGAGAUUGUCUAGUAUUCACAUCCAUACCAGAGAGUUUAGUUGCUUUUCACUCUAUAACAGGCACAUUUUAAAUGGUUUGUGUGUGUGUGUACCUAAUAAAAAGCAUAUAUCCGAUUUCCUUACACUUGCUGAGUGAGCCAGCUUGUGCUGAACCAAAAUGUGUGCGCUAUCCCUCAGACCUCAUGUGCGAGUGCAUAAUGGUCACAGCAGAUGUAUUUUAAAUAGUUUGCCUAUUUUAUUGCUUUCAUGUAGAUCUACUUAAACCUUUCCCUCCUCUGUGACACCCUGAAAGUUAUUUUUACCCCAUAAGGAGACAACCUGUGCAUUACCUUUUUAUGAUGACAUAGACUUUUACUGGUUUUAAGAGAAAAGAUUGGUUUUACAGUAGGCAGCAUUCAGCAGACAUGUCUUGGAAAUUUUGUAUGAAGUGAAAUGGGAAUCAGAUUCUGGCAAGGUUUAUGGCGUGUGUAAAAUGGAACUGCAUAUGUAAAUAUGAAUGUUUAAUAGCUGCUCUUAAAUUCACAGUAGAUUUGUAUAUGCUAUUUUAUUGUGAGAUCAAUUUACAGCAUAACUAAAAAAAAAAGGGCCCACAAUAUCCCCGUCAGUUUCUCCUGUGUGUGUGUGUGUAUGUAUGUAUGUAUGUAUGUAUAUAUAUAUAUAUAUAUAUAUAUAUAUAUAUAUAUAUAUAUAUAUAUAUAUAUAUAUAUAUAUAUAUAUAUAUAUAUAUAUAUAUCUCUAUCUAUCAAAAUCUAAAUAGGUUAUGGUGGGGAAAAAUUGUGAUUGAAAACCCCUUCCACCUGAAGUAUGUGGAUAGUUAAUACAAUGCUAAACAAAAAUCUGCACACCAGUCAAGCCAUAAGACUUGCUUUUCCCACAGAAAUCCCAAAUCAGCAGUGAUGUUACAACCGCAAAGGAUUCUGGGUGGGCAUAUGCAAAUUAGUUUAACAAAGAAUCACAUUUUUGCCUCAUUCCAUUUUAAACCUAUUUAGAUUUUGCUUCCCAAGCACUACCAAGCCUCAAUUAGCAAACCAGUAACCAACCUCAUGCUGAAGAGUUGCAUUAACAAUAUAUAUAUAUAUAUAUAUAUGUAUAUAUGUAUAUAUGUAUGUAUAUAUAAUAUAUAAAAAAAAAAUUUUUUUAACCAUUUAUUUAAUUGAAUUUAUGGAAAACAUUUCACAUUUUUUUCAAAUUCAGGAGCUAUUCUUGGAAGAUCUGAAACCCAAAAAUGCAUUUAUUACAAUGCAAGCUGGGAAAAGGAGAAGACAAACCGCAGUGGCAUUGAGACCUGCUACAGUGAUACGGAUAAAAGGCGGCAUUGCUUUGCUACGUGGAAGAAUGUAUCUGGAACUCUAGAAAUCCUCAAACAAGGUUGCUGGCUGGAUGAUAUCAACUGUUAUGACAGGUGUGAAUUAAUGUAGUAAUAGGAAGUAAAGGUGUAGGUCAGAUGGGAAAUAGUUUGUCCUCAUUAAGGUGUUGGUGUACAAACUCACAUAGGAAUUCACUCGUUUAAACACAUGUAUACCAGAAAGCAAAGCAGACAAUAACCAGCUUUAGCUACUUGUUUUGUAAAGCUGUUUGCACAGUACACAUUUCAUUAUUUUUAAUAAUUUUCUUUCUAUCGUUGGGUAUAUGGUUUGGAGGACAAGAGUCUGGUUCAGCUAGGCUGGUGUAAAAGAUUAAACUGAUACUUUUUAUACAUUCAUGUAAUUUAUUAAAGGGAAACUAAUAAUCAUAACUGCUACAGUUUUGAAAGAAUACAUACAUUGCUGUAUUUUGACAUUACAUUGAACAAAUGUACCAAAUAGUAAAGACCUCAGGCCUUUAACGGUUGCAAAUAAGGAACUCAAAAACUGCUUCUUUAAGGAAGUACAUACUCUGAAAAUAAGCUUGUGAUCACCUUAAGCGUAGUCUAGAUUAGAGAGUGCAACCCAGGGUCAAAAUCAUCUGCACUUGUAAACUUUGUGAUGUGGGAAGCAUUUUCCUAUGUUUGAUGCCACUAUUUUGUGAUCUCUCUCAGGAAUGAAUGCAUCGAAAAAAAGGAGAAUCCAGAUGUCUUUUUCUGUUGCUGCGAAGGAAAUGCAUGUAAUGAAAAGUUCAUCCACUUGCCAGAGAUGGAGAUUACACAGCGUAAGUAUUCUCAAUGUUUUCAAUUAAUAGUUUAAAAUGCCUGGUCUGUGUGUCUCCAUGCAUUGGAUCAUCACAUGACAUUUAAUGGGCUACAAGGUUGUACACAAAACACCUGACAGACAUAGCUUUCCUCUCAUAAGAAACAUGCACCUUCUUAUUUUUUUGCUUUCUAAGUGGCAAAUUAUCUUUAGAUAAUGCAGAACAUUCACUUCUGUAUUACUUAUCUGAAUGGCAGGCCAAGGUCAGAGCUUUAUAUGCUGUUAGAGGCCUACUUUUUGUGAAACUGAACAAAUGCAUUCAGAAAAAAAGUCACCCAAAGGCUUAUAGAACUAUAGCCAAAGUCCUGGUGGAGUUGUGUGGAGUGCACCUCUUACUGGUACCAGAUCUUGAUUUAUUUUUGUCAUUUUAUUGAAGCAAGGUUUUGUUUCCUAAUGAGUCAUUUACUAUAAAAUAUCAGGUGACUACUACAGAUAAUCAGCAUUGCUGUUUUAUUGCCACCUCCUUUGUUACUGGAGUAACCUGUUACACCUUGCUGUGGAAUGAGCGGUUGGUUAAAUUAUGUAAUCUCAGAAGAGAAUUUUUUAAAGCAUUAAACACUCCAAGCCUCAUAGCAAGUUAUGCAUUUUGCACCCGGACCUACAUGUAAUUUCUUUAAAUAACAAACUUUGUCUAAAACCACUUUAGAAGAACUCUCCCCACAGAAUUGGCACAUGGAAUAAAAGGGCCCACUCGUUUCGCGUGUCUUCUUUGUAUACCAUGGAUGAGCCAGUGCUGUGACUAGUUUUCACGUGGAGUUACAUAUGUUAAUAAAUUCAGAAAGCACUUGAAAUUAGGUAUUCAUAAAAGAUUUCCUUUAUCCUACUAAAAGAAACGUGUAACUCUGUAGGCCAUCUGCAUUCUCCUCAGCUGAAGGGAGAAGGCACAGCGUUUGGCACAAGUUUUUAAUUAAACAAGAAAAGGGAAAAAACACAAACAUUAUGGCAGCUAAUGAACCAUUAAAGACACUUGGCUGGCACUGCUUAAACCAAAGAUCUAAAAUGACAAAAAGCUUGUGUGAAUGCACGUUUCAUGUUUUGUGUGUGAAAAAAAAGUAGAAACUGCUCUUCUGUCUGCUGUUAUAUAGAAAUGACUGCUUCUUUCACAGUGCACCCUUCAUGUUUAAAAUCAUAUUAUGACUUAUGACUUUUAACCUUUGAAAAGAUGAACUGUUAUCCAGUAAUUGGAUAUGAACAAUGCAUUAAAAGGCCACAAGUUUCUCUAGACUAGUCUAAUAAAACCAAAUAAAGUGGUUUGCAUGACCAACUUCUUGCUUAGGAGUUUCCAUUAGCUCUUCAGGGCUAGCUCAUUGGCUAAGAGCAACUCAGCCAAUGAGCUAAACACUUCCCUUCCCUGCUGGUCUUCACUCAGACUGAGAGCUUUUAGUUCUCUGUCAGAAGUACUGCAGACAUUGAGCACUGUCCAGCUGUAGUUUAAAACGUCUUCACAAAAUACUCAGCAGCUGCCCAUUGGAGACGAAGUGCCCUAAUCACAGUGCUAAAGCUGGUCUCUGAUUAGGGGAACAUGCAAUAUAAUGAAAACCUAAAAUAAUGCUUUACAUAAAGUAAACGUUUUACUUCCUUAGUGUUUUUCCUUUGCCCUUUGUGAUGGAUUGUAUUUUUGUCUUACAGCCACCUCAAAUCCUGUUCCACCAAAACCGCCUUUAUUCAACACCUUGCUUUACUCAUUGGUGCCGAUAAUGGGUUUUGCGAUCAUUGUUCUUAUUUCUUUUUGGAUGUACCGACAUCACAAGCUUGCCUAUCCACCGGUGCUUGUUCCUACACAGGUAUGUUUGUCUGUACAGCUACAUAAGUACCUCCUCUUCCUAAAUAAUUAGCAAACCCUGCAAAAUCAGUGUAAAUAAAAAAAAGUAAGGCUUUCUAAAGAAUUAAAUCUUUUUAAGUUUUAAAUUGAUGUGUAGAGUAAACCAUAGCCCAGUACCCACAGGUCAUUUCCCAAAGGUAUUGUAUUUUGCUGAAGGGAAUUGUCAUGUUAAAAGCAGUUUCUGCUGCAUCUGGCUUGAUAAGAAACGCGUAUAGCUUGUUUCUUGGAUUAAAAUGAAUCAUGAAAUACGUCAGGUAUUCAGUUAAUGUGUGCUAUGCUAAUCAGCGAUUUGCUACUUCAGUAAAUCUAAAAGUGCUUCUGCUGAGAAUGCACACUCUCCAUAUUAGUAGUAUAGACUGAUUUUACAAUGUAUGCUGCUUCAGACCAACAUAUUGUAAACAACAAUCUGUAAAACAAGUUUUUUUUUUUUUUGUUUGUUUUUUCAUUGUAAUUUCUGUAGAUUUUCUUUAGGUGCUCAUUGUUUAUAUGCUGGUAAUAUUGAUUGUCUGGCAUUUUGCUAUAGGAUUGCAUAGUCUCAGAAGAAAAGUUUUAUUUGGUGUUGAUGUAAUGUGAGUGUGACUUUUUUAGGUUUUGUUUUCUCCACCAGAUUGUGUUAAAGUUAACAUAUGUCAUACUUUUAUGAAGGUGUUUUUAUUCAGUGGCAUAAAUUCCCCUUUGUUUUAUUUACUAAAAUGUGGCACUAAGGUUUUUGAUUUUACUUUACACUUUUGCAUGUAAAAGGGACAAACCACAAUCGCACCACCACACUGUUUGCAAAUGGUGCAAAGCAUUCCUCCAUCAUACGUAAAGGGACCCAACAGCUAUAUUUUACCCAUACAGUCCGGCUGAACCACUGAUAAAUGUUCGAGUAUACUGUAGAUCCACCUACACACUAUAGAACUGUGUAUGUGGUUUUAUUCAUUGUAAACAAAAGCUGCUUUGAUCCUAGUCACUAGUUCAAGUGUGUGUGCACGCGCGUGUGUUGCCAGAAGACCAUUAAUCCCAUUUUCAGUAGUUGUCAUCCUGAGAAAUUGCUGAGCAUGGCAGAAAAAUGGAUUAGGAAAAGAUCAUUUAUGUAGAGGUUCAAGACCUUCCAUUCAUUACAUGUAUAUUGGUCUAAAUGUGUACAUGAGUUCCCCGAUGCUGUCCAAAUUAUAGCUGAAAUGAAUUCUCUGGCAUUUACUGUGAACAUUCUACGUUAUGUUAGAAUUCUUUGAGGCAGGAACUUGCCAGCUAAGAUUUGUGAUUGAAAGUGUUGUAGUGAAUUUCUCUUUACAACCAGCCCUCCCAGUAUCAGGUGACAUAAGGAGAAUGUGAUAAGAACGAACCACAAUUUACUUAAGGUGUUUGUUUUCUAGAAGGCAGAAAAAUUUGCGUACAUGUGUCUUACCAGGAAUCCUGUAUUUCUCACUGCACCCCAGCCAACGGUCAGCGUUUUGCUUGUUUUUGUUGCAUAAAUGCCACUUGAAUUUUAUUCUAGAGCAGUGGUGUUAGGCUUAGCACAACUGAUGUUUGUGUUAAAUUUCUCAGGAAGCACUAACGGGUUUUAGACUAGCUGAGCAUUAUUGGAAAUAUAGUUCACAGACAAAUUGGCUGCAGUGGUUAACUAUUGCAAUACCAGGGCGUUAACCGUUGAGCACCCAGCUGUUAGACCGUUGUCUUGAUGCUGAGCCAGACAGUUUAUGCCAGUUGGCUUUCUGUCUUUCCACAUUAUCACCACCUCUCUCUAUUGGCUGCAUGAUCUUAAGGUCCAUGUGCGGAGUGUAAAGAAAUGCUGAUCUUUUUAUACCAAUACACAAUAGAAGUCUUUGGAUGGCCGUGGACACCAACGGAAUACACAAGGCUAAAUUACAUACUUCUAGAAUAGAAAACAGCAGUGCAUGUCCAAAAAAAGUUGUAUCAGAGGGCCACUUUAAAGCUUAACUACCUAUUAUGUUAAAUUGUAUAGAAGUAGAAAACAUAUGCUUUUAUCAGUACAUUGUGGAUACUGGUGUUCCCACACGGUGGUAUCCUAUAGUGUUGCUCAUGCAGUAGUGCUUUUUUGCAAAAUCCUGUACUUGGCACUGGACGAGUGGACACAUUCUUGGUUAGACCAGUUUCAGACGUUAGAGAAAUAUAACCUGUAUCUGGGAACAUUGCUAGUGCAAAAAACAGAUUUAGAAUUUGCCAACGGCUAGCCUUGUCAUCCACUCACUUGUAGGUGAUGGUAACAUGUCCCUCAUUCUUCAGACAUUUCAGUUGUUAUUUAUCAUCUUGGUAUGUGCUUAUAUAAUGUUGGUUUCGCUUGGCUUUUACUCAUUGCUAUAAUUACCAAAAUGUUCCCUGAUUCCCCUUAAUCUGAACAGUCUGGAGGUUUUCCACCAAAUUCACAGACCUCGCUUUUGGCUUAUUUAUGCUAUACAUCUGUCUUUGAUAUAUACCUGUAUGUUGUAGAGCUACCCUGCACGGUUUCUUGCAGUUCCUCAUACUGAAGACCGUACCUUUGGGAUAAUGCAUCUGCUUAUACAAAAGGGGGGGAGAUAAGACUCGGAUAAUGAAAUGCUUAAUUUUCAUUUAGUUUCCUCAAGUUUAAAAUUUUAAUAUAAAAAAAUAUAUACAUAAUGUUCACAAAACGUACUGCAAUAGUUUUUACAACAGUGACCUCUACUGCCUGAAAGUGUACCAUAUUGCAUGUGCAGAUUGUUCAUUGCAUAUUAUUUUGUCUGUAAAGUAAACUUUAACAAACUAUUUUAUUACAAUAUAAGAAAAUCUACAGCACUGUACAAUAUAUAUUAAACAAAGCAUCCUGUAUUUUCGUUCCAAAAUGGACAUUUCCUACAACACCUGUUGUACUCUAAAAAUCCACAUUUAUUUUCAUUUCAACAUAAUACAAUGCACAUUUCUAAGUGAUCAUAAUGUGUUUUAUAAUAAUAAGUACACCAUAUGUCUGAUUUUACCCACAUAAUUGUGGAAGGUCUGUAGGUCUUGACAUUAGAAUGAGAUUUCUUAUUCUGUUAGCACAAGUAGUAAUUCAUUUUGCCUGUGUUUUUCCUCACAAGCACGCCUUUCACAUUAUGAUAGAGGUAAGAUACAAUGUUGCUUGUUUACACAGCAUAGUUUUUGUAAUCUUCUGCAUCAAUUCCCCCUCCCAGUAAUAUGCAUGACACGUUUAUUCUUACAUUUAUAACUGGUCAUUACAUGCCAACACAUGCCAGCCUGCGUGCUUGCUCUGGAAUAGUUUACUGGCUGCUGUGUACAAGUAACUGCUGCACCUAACCGUAGGCACAAUUACCUCCAUUUGAUAUUGUUUGACAAGCUUUUCAAAUGAUUUCAUAUUUUUGGAUAAAGUAUUAAAAUUAUUUUCUCAAUACAUAUAUAUUCUCAAAAUAUUACAAAGCUAAAAUAUUUUUCAUAGUAAAUAAUUUCAAAAGUUUAUCCAAAUGUAUUUAGUAAUUUCAAAAGCAUAUUCAACAAUAAUAAAUCAAGGUCAAUAACAGCAGAACUAAUGCCUUGUUCUAAGAGAUGCACACCUUCUAACCAGAUGGCGAUCUUUGGAAUACUAUGGGAGUAUUUUUUUGCUUUUUUUUUUUUUUGCUUUUUUGUAAUGUUUGCAAUGCGCCUGCAUUUAUUGUAAGAGUUUAUUGGUGUACUUAGCCCUUUAUCUGGUUGUUGAGUGUUGUACAUUUGUAUGUCAUGUGUUGCACUCCCAUACACCAUUUAAAGGGCUAAAUAUAGUUACAGCAGAUCCCUCUUUUAAGAUCCCCUUUAAGAAUGACCUAAAAUUGUUCUAAGCAGUCUGCCAUGUGUAGUGAUGUAUAACCUUGACGUGGCAGUUAUAUCACAUGGAGCACCACCAUCUUGGUUAGCUGGACUUUGUAGGAAUUGAUAUACACAAACCACAGCGGUUUGAGGGCCAGCUUCAAAUGACCAAGUGGCAUUGAAAAGACUAGUCUGUGUGCUGCCAUUAAAUUCAGUCACUUCAGAACUUAAACUGUAUUUGCUGUUCAUUAAUUAAUAUGUGCCUGUCUCGUGAUUACUCACUUGCCUGGCACACAAUGGGUCAUGCUGCAUUGCUUACUAGUAAAUUAGUGGGUAAUGCCAGGUCCCAUGUAUUUGCACAGGUUCUGUAACAUGAAAUGCCUUCAGUAAAUGUGCAUGACGAAAACUGGUAGUUCACGGUCACGAUUAUUUAAACCAAUUUGUACUUUUGUUGUUUUCUGUCCUUAAUGAAACGUGUGUCUACAUUUUGUUUUAGGAUCCAGGCCCUCCACCACCGUCCCCGCUACUGGGCUUAAAGCCUCUGCAGUUAUUGGAAGUCAAAGCAAGAGGGAGAUUUGGUUGCGUGUGGAAAGCGCAGUUAUUACACGAAACCGUAGCUGUCAAAAUAUUCCCGCUACAGGUAUGUCCUGACGUGUUUUAACACAGCUCUAAAAUAUUUCAUCCUGCUGCAGAGACAUGUUAACUUCACUCAGAGUACACACACAGACUGUCUCCAGUCUAUAGAUUUGGUUUAUUCAUUUUAUUCAUACCAUCAUUAAUCUAGUCACAAAGAGUCCUUUUUUUGGGGGGGGGCGGGGGAGGAGUUUAACUUUCUACUUUCUGAGGAAAAGGGCUUCUGUGUUGCUUAGAAUGCAGUCACGCUUAGAAAACAAAAUAUUUUCUUUUAGCAUUGAUUAAUGCAUCUUAUUCAAUAAUUCAUCGAUGGGGGGCUAUUUUUGUUAAUUUAGAUUCCCUGGAGUGACAUUUUCAGGAUGCCAAGUCAGUCAUCCAAAGAGCCUGAGGUUUACUUUUGGAGAUUGCCAGAGACUACUAUGGAUUGCUUAGUAGAAUAAUAUAGGGAUUAAUUCUCCUCUGUGCUAUAUGCUUUAACUUUCUAAAUAAAAUAUUUAUUUUGCAUACAAUUUUGAAAGUCUUAAUUGCAUAUUAUACAAAAGUCAGGGACCACUGCACCAGAAAGUGUUUUGUUUUUUACUCCUCUACUGUAGAGGAGUAAAAUGUAUGUAAAAGGACAACUAUCACUUCAGGUGUUUUCUAUUUUUUUUAUUAUUUG